AUGUCGUCGGCGAAGUGGCGGGCCCUGCAGCACCGCCACCGCUACACCUACACCGCCGUGGUUUUCCCUCCGUCGUUCCUCUCCUCUCUCCCCCUCCUCCUCUCCGACCCUCUCCUCUCCCCCUUUCACGCCUCCCUCCUCAACUUCACCUCACUCUCCUCCACCCUCUCCCAACUAUCACACGCCAAAAGCCUCGCCACCACCUUCCUACACCUCCUCCAAUCCCAUCCUCCCUCCGAACCUCACUCCAAACCUCAACCUCCUCUUAACCUCGCCUCCGAACUCUACCUUCACCUCCUCUUCCUCGACAACUCCCAUCCCCUCCACAAAACCCUUCUUUCCCCCCUCGCCAAAACGACGCCGUUCCACUCUAUCCUCGCCACCUCCUUUAACACUCUCCUUCACAACAACCACUCCUUCCCGCGCUUCGCCGUCUCGCGCGCCGCGCUCUCCGUCCUCGGCAUGCCCAAGCUCGAUUACCUCGCCACAGUGGUGGAAAAUUGCGCUGUCCUCGUGGCCUCUGACGCCGUUAAUAGCCUUGCCGGCGUUGUUUUAGAGACGGCGAGGCCUUCGCCUGUUGUCAUGGAACAGUGCCAGGAAGCUCUGUCUUGUUUGUAUUACUUGCUGCAGAAGUUUCCUUCUAAGUUUCACGAAAGCAAGGGUUGUGAGAGUGUUGUUGUUAUGGAAAAGAUUGUGAGUGUUGUGUUGAGUGUUUUAAGUUCAACUGCAUUUUCGAGGGACUGUUUCGUGGCGGCUGGUGUGGCUCUGUGUGCUGCUUUUCAAGUUUGUGUGAGUAAAGAAGAGCUUGGUUUGGUGUUGAUUGGAGGGGUGUUUGAUAAUAGCUUGCAGGGUUUGGAUUUGAGUGGUGGUGAUGGUGGCAUUAGUGAGGUUAGGGAUGUGAUUGGGAGGAUUCCUUGUCAGGGGGAUUUAUAUUUAGGGAUUUGUGGCCUUUCUGUGUUGAGUAGGCUUUGUUUGAUAAGGGGGGUUCUCACUGCGGUUUCUAGGGACUUGCUUAAUGCCCAUUUUAGUGGCGUGGGUGGCGUUAAGACUGUGUUGUAUGAUGGGGUUUUGCCUGAGCUGUGUAGGUACUGUGAGAAUCCUGUUGAUAGUCACUUCAAUUUUCAUGCGCUGACGGUGAUGCAGAUUUGUUUGCAGCAGAUUAAGGCAUCGUUGUUGGCGAAUUUAACUGAUUUGUCCGGGGAGUAUGAGCCAAUUCCGGAGGAAAUGGGGGUGCGGCUGCUUAGGAUUAUUUGGAAUAACUUGGAGGAUCCUUUGAGUCAAACGGUGAAGCAGGUGCAUCUCAUUUUCGACCUUUUUCUCGACAUUCAGUCUUCACUCUGUGAGGGUGGGGAUAGAAUAAAGGAGUUUCUAGUGAAGAUUGGAUCGGAUCUUCUUUCAUUGGGUUCACGGUGUAAGGGGAGGUAUAUUCCUUUGGCAUUGCUGACGAAGAGAUUGGGAGCGAGGAAAAUGUUGGAUAUGACUCCAGAUCUGUUGUUUGAGACAACACAGGCAUAUGUUGAUGAUGAUGUCUGCUGUGCUGCCACAUCGUUUCUGAAGUGCUUCCUUGAGUGUUUGCGUGAUGAGUUCUGGGAGAGUGACGGGAUUGAAGGUGGGUAUGCCCUCUAUAGAGGACAUUGUCUUCCCCCAGUUCUUUAUGGGCUAGGUUCUGGAUUCUCAAAACUUCGCACCAAUUUAAAUACUUAUGCCCUGCCAGUUUUACUGGAAGUGGACGUGGACAGUAUAUUUCCCAUGCUUGGUUUCAUCUCAGUUGGGCCAAAUGGGGAUGAGAACAGACUGCAAUAUCCACAGCUUGUUUGCACGGACAUGGAAGUGAAUUUUGAACAGAGAAUUGCAAUUCUAGUGUCAUUACUCAAGGUAUCUCGGUCACUUGCUUUGGUUGAAGGAGACAUUGAUUGGGCUGAAAAUCCUCCAGCAAAUGCAAAAGAGCCUGGGCUGGGCAUAGAAAGCCAUGCUAUUGUUUGCAUCAAAGGAAUAAAUGUUAGGAUCCAUGUUCAGUGGCUAGUAAAUGCAUUGACUCACGUGGAUGAGUCACUGCGUGUAGAUGCUGCUGAGUCUCUUUUCUUAAACCCCAAGACAGCUAGUCUGCCGUCUCAUUUAGAGCUCACUCUAAUGAAGGAAGCUGUGCCACUGAAUAUGAGGUGUUGCUUCUCAGCUUUUCAGAUGAAGUGGAGCAGCUUAUUUCGUAAGUUCUUCUCUAGGGUUCGAACAGCUCUGGAGAGACAAUUCAAGCAAGGAAACUGGAACCCUCUUGAGCAUGAUAAAGGCAGUGAAGUUUAUCCUUCUAAUGGGAAUAGUAAGGAGUCAACAAUUAAAAGAGCUAAUGAUCUUUUUCACUUUAUGAGGUGGUUGAGUGGCUUCUUAUUUUUCUCAUGUUAUCCUUCUGCUCCUUACAAGAGAAAAAUAAUGGCGAUGGAUCUCAUCUUGAUUAUGAUAAAUUUUUGGUCUAUUAAGUCAGCUAUUAGUGAGGAGUUUAAUAGUUCUUUGUCAGGAAGUCACCUUUAUCCUUACAGCAAGGGGAUGACUUCAUCUGAUUCAACUCUAUUGUUAGUUGGCUCAAUUGUUGAUAGUUGGGACAGGUUGAGAGAGAAUUCGUUUCACAUAUUACUCCAUUUUCCAAGCCCACUGCCUGGAAUUUCUAAUGAAGACACACUGAAGAAGCUGAUUGCUUCAUCAAUGCGAUUAGUUUGCAGUCCACGUGUAAGGGAAAGUGAUGCUGGAGCUCUAUCCUUACGGCUUAUAUUUAAGAAGUACGUGCUGGAGCUAGGUUGGUUGAUUGAAGAUUCAUUAAAUGUUGUCCAUUUAAGCUCCAAGCCUGAAUUGGUAAAUGAAGUUAGUCAGUCCAAUAAAUGCAGGAAUCCUGUAAUACUGUAUUUGAAAUCAAUGAUUGAUUGGUUGGAUGCUGCUGUAAGAGAUGGGGAACAAGAUCUUUCUAAAGCAUGCAAGAACAGCUUUGUCCAUGGUGUAUUACUUGCUUUGCGUUAUACUUUUGAGGAAUUGGACUGGAAUUCUGAUGUCUUAUCGACUAGCAUCUCAGAGCUGAGAUAUUUGUUGGAAAGACUUCUGGAUCUUGUAGUGAGGAUAACUGCAUUGGCACUAUGGGUGGUUUCUGCAGAUGCUUGGUUUUUGCCUGGAGACAUGGAUGAGAUGCUUGAUGAGGAUAAUCUUUUAAUGGAGAUACCAUAUGAUGAGCAUAUGCCUUCAUCUCAAUGUGAGAAUAAUAAUUCAAAACCUUCCCAUGAUGGCCGAUCAUCAGAACAGAUAGUCAUGGUUGGUUGCUGGUUGGCUAUGAAAGAGGUGAGCCUUCUUUUGGGGACUAUUAUAAGAAAGGUGCCAUUGCCAAGUAAUGCUUGUUCAGAUUUAUCUGAGUUAGAGGGGGAUUCUGUUGACACUGCUGGAUUUUCAUCUGAUUCUGUGCUUGACUUGAAACAACUUAAAACAAUAGGGAAUCACUUUUUAGAAGUCCUCUUGAAGAUGAAGCAUAAUGGUGCAAUUGAUAAGACGAGGGCUGGGUUCACGGCUCUUUGUAAUCGAUUACUUUGCUCUAGUAACUCAAGACUUCAUAGAAUGACAGAGUCUUGGAUGGAGCAACUUAUGCAAAGAACUGUGGCCAAAGGACAAGUAGUGGAUGACUUGCUGAGAAGAAGUGCUGGAAUACCUGCUGCAUUUAUUGCUCUGUUUCUCUCAGAGCCAGAAGGCACCCCAAAGAAGCUUCUCCCAAGGGCAUUAAGGUGGCUUAUAGAUGUAGGUAAUGGGUCCAUGCUGAAUCAGAUUGAAAGCAAUAGAAUGAAUGGUGACCCAUGCAAGUCAAAGGAUUCAGCAAAUGGAAAGAAUUGUACACAGGCAGCUGAAAGAAAUAUCAAACAGACAUCAAAGAUCAGAGAUGAAGGUGUAAUUCCUACAGUACAUGCAUUUAAUGUUCUAAGAGCUGCUUUCAAUGACUCUAACUUGGCUACUGAUACGUCUGGUUUCUCUGCUGAGGCUUUGAUUUUGUCUAUACGCUCUUUCUCUUCGCCAUACUGGGAGAUUAGAAACAGUGCUUGUUUGGCUUAUACUGCUCUGGUUCGUCGAAUGAUCGGAUUCCUCAAUGUUCAUAAGCGGGAAUCAGCACGACGAGCGAUAACUGGGCUUGAAUUUUUUCAUAGGUAUCCGUCACUACAUUCAUUUCUGUUUAAUGAACUGGAAGUAGCCACAGAGUUUCUGGGCUGUGCAUCUUCAGGAGAUUUAGAAUCCAUCCGUGGAAAUAAUCUGCAUCCAAGCUUGUAUCCUAUUCUGAUUCUCUUAUCUAGGCUCAAGCCUUCAUCAAUUGCUGGUGAGACAGGAGAUGAACUAGACCCUUUCCUUUUCAUGCCUUGGAUUAGAAGGUGCUCAACCCAGAGCAAUUUACGAGUUCGUGUUCUUGCAUCUAGAGCUCUAACAAGUAUAGUAUCAAAUGAGAAAUUGCCACCAGUCCUUCACAAUAUUGCAUCCGAGUUGCCCUGUGUAGAUAAACUGAUAAAAUCAACUAAUUUUCCAAUUUCGUUCAACUUCAUUCAUGGAAUUCUCUUGCAAUUGAGUACGUUACUGGAUAUAAAUUGUAGGAAUCUUGCUGAUAACCCGAAGAAAGAUCAUAUCAUUGGUGAGUUGAUCCAAAUUCUUCUAUCUCGGUCAUGGAUUGCAAGGUCAACUCAUUGCCCGUGCCCUAUCCUUAAUGAAGCGUUCUUAAGAGUUCUGGAUCAAAUGCUCAAUAUGGCAAGAACAUUCAAGAUGACAAAACAUUUCUGUUCCAUUUCCAAGCUGUUAUUGGAGCUGUCAACUGAAUGCUUAGCUUUAGAAUCACAUAGCCUGCCAUAUUAUGAUCCAACCAUUACUAAACUCCGCGAGCAAGCAGCCAUUUCCUAUUUUGGAUGUUUUUUUCAUGCACCUAUAGAUGAGGAAGAGAUAAUCAAUAUGCCACCGAGACAUUCUCUUCCCAGUUUAGAAUCAUUGCCUGAAGAUGAAUUGGAGAAUGCUUCUCUUGGUCUUUUGGAUAGGUUGAUUUGCUGCUUGUCAGACUCAUUAUAUGAAGUUCGACUCGCAACACUGAAGUGGUUGCUGAAGUUCCUAAAAGCAUCGGAGCCUUAUGGUAAGGGAUAUGAUCUAUUCCGUAUUGACAUCAGGGCUGUUCAACUCUGGGCAAAAACUAACCUUCAUGGAACUUUGGUGAAAAUUUUGACAUCAGAGAAGCACCACAAAUGUACAAAUUAUAUUCUGAAGAUCCUUGUAGCUUGGAAUUUGCUGCAGUUUGAAAAGGCUGGUCAUGGCAAGUGCACUGGUACAAGUUAUGUUGGUGAAAUGGACUUUGACUCCGUGUCACAAUUUUGGAAUGAAUUAGUUUCAUUUUACAAGCAAGCAAGACAUGCGAAGAUCCAAGAAACCCUUGUUCGUUGUCUGGGAGUGUGCAUUAAGAGAAUUACAAUGUUGUUUGCAAUUUCUAUUCUGCCAAAUGAAGGAAUAGAGUUUUCAGUAUGUGGUGAAACUAAUAAGGAGGAAAUAUUAGUUUGGUCAUUUGAUUGCAUUGUUUUCUUCUGUAACAUGAUCAAACAAUGUAGUUCGUCAUCUGAGCCAGCAAGUAUGCGCUAUGCAGCAGCUGAAUCUUUGGUAGCAUCUGGCUUGCUUGAGCAGGCUGAGCUCCUUGGCUCAUUUGUUUUGAAUAACGAGAUUCCCUCGGGCACUUCAUCUUGUUUUGUGAAAAAUGAAGGUUUGAAUUCGUAUGCUCAUCAGGUACUAGAUGUAUGGUUCACAUGCAUUAAGCUUUUGGAAGAUGAAGAUGACUCUGUUAGAUUGAGGCUUUCUUCCGAUGUUCAGGAGUGUUUUACUACAGAAAAAACUAGAAGCAACCGUACUCCUGGAUUGGUUCCAAUCCAAGUAGAUAGAGUGAUAAGACUCUCUUUUGACCAUCUCUCUUCCAUUUUUGGUCACUGGAUUGAUUACUUUGAUUAUCUUUGUCAGUGGGUAUUACGUGCUGAGAGCUGUGUAGCACCCCAAGGAGAUCUUGUCAGACGGGUUUUUGACAAGGAGAUUGACAAUCAUUAUGAAGAGAAGAUGUUGAUCAGUCAAAUUUGUUGCUCCAGUAUGGAAAAGCUACCUAUUUUAAAGUCCUGGGCUGACAAAGAUGAAUUGAGGAGCUAUCUACAUGGAUGGAGAGCUAGAUUUUCCCAUCAACUAGUGUCAUAUGCUGAAGACCAUAUUGGUAAACAGGAAGCGAAUGAUUGGAUAGGAGGCGUGGGUAACCAUAAAGAUGCAUUCUUACCCUUGUAUGCAAAUUUACUCGGUUUUUAUGCUCUUUCUAACUGCAUUUUCCUUGUAUCUGGCAAUAAUGAUACCAAACUACUACCUGAUGUAGUUGUUCUUGGAAAAGCCAUCAAUCCAUUUCUUAAAAACCCUUUGAUUUCUAACCUAUACCAGUUAGUUGUAAAAUCACAUGAGAAAAUGGCCGGUGAUGUUGCUAACGGCUUGUUCCCUGAGAUGAGAAAUUGCUCUAUCUGGGAUAGGUACAUUAUCACGCAGAAAAUAAACCCCAAAGCUACAUCCCCAACAGAAGAGAGAUUACCAUCAGAACUACCUCUAGGGUGA